GUGCAACUAAGCUUGAAAAUUUAGUUUUUGAUGGUAGUAUGACGGAGCACGCGCUCACCUGAAAACUGCCUCUAAUGCGCGCGUGCAAACACAUGAUAGGCAUCAGUAGGAGUAACUAACAAACCUGUAACUAAAAAAAAAAAAAAAAAAAAAAAACUUUAAUUAUUUACUGUUAAGGUGCACUCAGUUUGAAAUGACGUCGUCCACAUAACGCCGUGUCAAGGGCAAAAGGGUAAUCACAUCAGGGGAAGAAAAGAAGUUCCUGGAAACAGAGUAGUGAGGGGGACGCCGCGGUUCAAACUGAGAGAUUCCUCUGAGGCUUGACUUCUCUGCUCAGUGAACACCCAUCACAAACCCUGAGAGAAACGCGACAGUUGAUCUCCUGGUGUUAUCCAAAUUGCAUUCACAGCUCGGCGGAGUGAAGCUGCCUUUCUGCCCGACAUGUCACUUUUGGAGAAGUGUUUGCGACUACAAAAAUAGCUGCAUACUACCAGCUCCUGAGUAAAUUUUAUGAAUUGCAACUACUUGAACCGACUUCCUCAUGAGCACAGAACUUCCGAGGAAUCGGUUUCAGCCAUGAGUGGAAAAGGUUGUCAGCUCCUGGUGUCCCCAUGCAAUGUGUCCCCGUCACUGAGCAUGAUCAGAGGACACCAGCCCAAGUCCAUCAGGAUUCCCCUGUCCCCUCGCCAACGGUCCAAUCUCAGUCCUUCCUUAGGAAUGGAGAAAGUGAAAAAAGGAGCCAUUCACUCCCUAGCCUCCGGGAAACAGAGCGGAAGCCAUGUUGUUCUGCCAACCCUGAGCCUCCGCAGGCAGGUGUUGACCACUGGGAAACAGUUAAACAUGCCGACUGCACCCCAACAACAGCAAGUGCCUGCUCAUCAUCCUCCAACCACAACAGUGACAAAUACCAUUCAGACAGGACUCAGCUCCUCUGACAACAGCUUCAAAGGUUGCCCUGCAUCUGGGCCCGCCAUGGAAGUAUUCGGCCAGCCCGCUGCUGCAAACCUGACGGUGAUCAGUAGUCCCGUGACUAUUGUCACAGGCCAACCAUACCCUGUAGGGCCUGCAGCGCCUCAUCCUCCAUCACAUUUACAUAGUGUAACGAUUCCCCACACUGAUGCCAGGUCCUUACUGUCCCGAGAAUCCCUGGCAUCCACCACCCUCAGUCUGUUUGAAACACAGUCAAUGUUUAGUGGAAGACAUGACUGGCCAUAUGGCUACCGUGUGCUUCCUCCACUGGGACUACCUCAGUGCUCCACCCAGGCGAGCGAGGGAGGCGAGCAGCUCAGCAUUUCAUCAGGCACGGCCAUGUCCGGCACGACGAUAUCAGGUGGCACAAGCACCUCUGCCUCCCUGCCUUCAUACCUUUUUGCAGGUGAUACUGGAAGCCCCAGACCAUCUCGUGCUAAGAAGAGAGCUCUCUCCAUGUCGCCUUUGUCAGAUGUCAUGGGUACUGAUUUCAACUCCGUCAUACGCACCUCGCCUACCUCACUUGUGGCUUACAUCAAUGGUUCGCGCAGCUCUCCAGCCUCCCACGCCACACUAUCCCCUGUCCAGUCUGAGGGUUAUGGUCACUUCCUGGGUGUGAGAGGCCGCUGUAUCCCCCAGGUCCAUCCCUACAGCAUGCCAGGCUCUUCGAAGGCUAUGGCCCCACAGACGGAGUGUGGCCGUAUGCAGAUGCUGGAAGAGGGAGGGGGUCUGGAGAGCCAGAUGGCUAACAUGGUUGUGGAACAGCAGUGCCUCCCAGAGGAAGGAGGGGCGCUGGAGAACACUUCAGAGAGCUGCAGUCAAACCACCAACAACCUGCUGCCACCUUUACAGUUAGAGCCGGCUCUGCUGACCACAGUCCAUGAAGCUUCUGCUCCGCAUGGGCCUCCACCGCCCUACCACUCCCACCAGCACUUUCACCUCUCCAGGCGUCACUGCAAAAUAAAGCCCUCAUAUCAGGACCCUCUCACACAGGCCCCCAUGGCUCCUCCAAGGCAUGGGAUGAGCUUUUUACCCCAGGUCCCAAUGCUGGAGGAAGAAGAAGGAGAGCUGGAGGACUAUGGUGCCCACUGCUGCAGGUGGUUGGACUGCAGUGCAGUCUAUGACCAAAAGGAGGAGCUGGUAAGGCACAUAGAAAAGCUACAUGUGGACCAGCGGAAGGCUGAGGAUUUCACAUGCUACUGGGUGGGCUGCCCACGCAACUUCAAGCCCUUCAAUGCCCGAUACAAGCUUCUUAUCCAUAUGAGGGUCCAUUCAGGAGAGAAACCCAACAAGUGCACGUUCGAGGGCUGCAAGAAGGCUUUCUCUCGACUAGAGAACCUGAAGAUCCACCUGCGUAGCCACACGGGGGAGAAACCCUAUCUGUGUCAGCAUCCAGGAUGCCACAAGGCCUUCAGCAACUCAAGUGACAGAGCAAAACACCAGCGUACACACUUGGACACAAAGCCGUAUGCGUGCCAGGUGCCUGGCUGUGCAAAGCGUUACACGGACCCCAGCUCCUUGAGGAAACACGUGAAAUCCCACUCUACUAAAGAGCGACAGUCAAGGAAGAAGAUGAAAUCUACUGCUGAUGUGACCCAGGACACGCUGACAGACUGUUUAACCAUUCACCCUCUACAACCAAGCCUCUCUCCUCUGGCAAGGAUAGACAACAACUUGAACCCAUCCCCUGGCGCAUCCUAUGAGUCAUACUCUGCUGCUCCACAGGGACAAGACUCCUCCAGCAAUCCUCACCUGGCUCUGUUGUGCUCCUUACAAGACAAUUACAGGUUUGUUGAUCCUUCCCCUCACCAGCUCUUCCCUGGGGACUCGUGUGGGCCUUGCUCUUCCACCUGCCUCCCUCAUCCUCCCAAUGGGACAUCCCUGCAGAACAACCGAGAUCUGAAGCAGCCCAGCCAGCCGCCUGAACUAGCAGAUCACAAUCCAGGGUUUAAUGUCCACAGCCAAGCACACGAUUUGGCUCCUCAUCAAGAUUUACAUGGAGGAGAUUUCUUCACUGUGGUGGACCACUGCACAAGCACAAGCCAGGUCUCCUGCAUCUAUACAGAAGGAUAACAUCACUCAAUUGUGGGUUUUUUUGCUCCUUUGCACUAUUUUGUGUCACUGCAACCUGGUUGGCAGCUUCAUUUAGGGAAAUAAAAGAAUAUUUGAUAAUAAAAACUGCUGCUCCCUGGGUUAGAUAGCGCUGAAGGAAUUGACACUUACAUUCACAAUGCAAGUUUUCUCUCUCUCUCUCUCUCUCUCUCUCUCUGUCUCUCUCUCUUUCUGUCUCUCUUCGACUAAAUCUCUGUAAAUGUACUAUGUGACUCCACACUCUGGCCUCUGCCUCCAUAAUCAAUGUAUUUUAAUGACUGAGCCUACAGGAUUUUAAUGUUUACUUCCUCAGUUUUAUACAGCUUGUGUAUCGCAUGUAGUAAGUACUUCAAGUAGUUUCUGGUGGCAUUUUGCACAAUAUUCAACACUGCAAUCACAGCAAAGUAUUCAAGGGAUCACUUAUUAAGGUUUUUCUUAGAACCAUGGCUUUGUAACUAUAGUAACAAGACAGCCUUACCAUUUCAAAGUAAAGCGAGACAUAGAUAUAACUUGUUGUUUGAUAUAUAGUAAUGUGCUGAGUGCUCCUGUGCCUAGAUCAUGAGGUGGAUUUCUGUUGAUAACCAUACCAGUGAUUUUGCAUGUUUUAGUUGAUUUACUGCAAACUACUUACACUUCACAUUACAGAUGUGUGAUCCUUUCUAAAAGCAGCAUAGUGCUCUACAUUUUGUACUGAUUUUCCUGCAGCCAGUUAUUUCCAUAUGGUAUGAAAAUGACCUUAUGUAGACAGCAAAACUUGCUCAAGAAAAGGGAAACUAUAGCUAUAUUAUAGCUGCUUUUGUUUUCUUUAUUUGUUGCAUUUAAAUGCAGUUCCAUCCAAUUUGUACUUUCAGCUGCAUUACUACGCAAUCAUAACACAACCACCAAUAAAAAGCAGACAUAAUUACCACCAUGAAUCCAACACGAAAGCAAUUUUUAAGUCUCUUCAAAUUUUUAGUGUUGUGAAAUGACCAUUAGGAUAAAAACACUUUUCAGAACUCAGAAGCAUGUUUUGAAAAAUCAGCAGCAGCAAUGUGAAGUGUUUGUGUUUUGUAGUAAAUGGACUAAAUUAUGCUAAAACGCUGCUAUCGUGCCUUACCCUUUGAAUAUAUUUGGAAUGGAUCAGGAAAAAGAAGUAAAACAAUGGUAGCCUUG